UACUUAAUUAACAGUGGAAUGUGAUCAGCAGUGUAAAUCAGUCUGUAUAAUUAAGUACUUAAUCCAAUAUCUCGUAGAUAUACUGAGGCAAGUACUUUUCCUAAGAAGUGAAUCAUCGCAUCGCAUGUAGCAAUAGUGACCUUAUCCGACAGACACAGAGCGGAUACGAUUCGAUCUGUGUAAUUUGCAUUUAGUGAGCCUUGCAUCAUCGCUGCAGCGACUUCUAGAACGGUUUGAGUACAUGUUGUCAAGAUUUAACUGCUUCGGAGCGAAAAAUCUAGUUAUGAAAAUGGGCCGGUGACGGCGAAAGUGCGUUACGCAGGCGGCUAGUUAGUGGGUACUGCGAGGCUGGCGUCGUGGAGCGGUGGUGCUGGGGCCGUGGUCCGGUGGUGGAGGUGAGAGCGCCGCGUGCGCCGCAGUGCCCGCCCGCCGCGCGCGCCCCUCGCCCGCGUCCGCCGCCGCCGCCGCAGCCCGCUGCUUGCUCAACUGCCGUUAUUCCUCAAUCAGCCUCGCGCCGCCCGCGGCCGCCGGUUCAGUGAACGUCCGCGCAGUGCCUGCUACCGCCCAGUGUUUGCACAGACCGAGCGAAAGCGGUCAAGCGGCUUCGGUUAACUCGGACGACGGAAUUCGGUUGUGUAGGUGUUUUCCUUGUGAAGUGUCGCAAUGAAAAUAAGUGUUGGAAUGUCGAAAUAUUGUUUAUGAGGAGCGCGGUGAAUGUGCUCGUGAGCCUGUAAAAAACGGGCACAAAUGCUUAUGUAAGCUCGUCUCUGCGCACACAUCAAGUAAGAACUGAAUCCUGAGAGAUUACAAUGAAGAUGUACUAGAAUUUAGCGCUUAUUUGAAAAAACACAGGAUGCCGGCGCUCCGGCUGCUGGGCCGCAAGUGGCUGGCGGCCUCCGACGACCUGGUCUUCCCCAGCAUCUUCGAGCUCCUCUUCAGAUUUGUAUGGCUGGUGCUGAUAGCCCUCGUCGUCGAGGUAAUCUUCCCGGUGACAUGGCAGUGCCGGUCGGAGGGCUGGUCUGGGGGCUCCUUCGUGCGCGGCUACCUGUGCGGCACCCUGGCGCUGCAGGCGGUGCUGAUGCUUCUGCUGGCGGGGCUGGCGCAGCAGUCUGCGCGCGGGACCAUCGCUGAUGUGGACGCGAGGAGAUAUGUCGCGCCGCUGCUGCUGGUCAAGGUGCUGCUGGUGCUGCCGGAGGUGGCGCUGAACGUGAUGGGCACCAUGUGGAUGUUCUGCGAGCUCAUCGACUGCUCCGUGCAGGACAAGUUCUCCAGCAUCGUCAUACAGAGUAUAGUCCUGUUCAACUGGGUGCAACUGGGACUGACUAUAUUCGGUCUGUUCAUGGUGUUCGACCCACUCGGGUCAGUGAACUACGGGGACAUGCAGGACACGCCGAACCAGGUGCGCCACCACAGGAAGGUCACGGGGCUGUGGUCUAGAAGGUUCCGCUGGGCCUUCUGCUGGCUGAAGAAGGAUGAGCACGGGAAGGAAGCGUUCCAGCAGGUUGCUGCUCUCCUGAGUGCACUAUUCCGGUCUACGGACCUGGUCCCAUCGGACGUGGUGGCCGGCUGCGUGCUGCUCAGGGUCCGACAGAAGCGGGAGACCAGGGAGAUGAGGCGGAUACAGAUGAUCAACGAGGAGGAACCCAUCUACACCACCGACGUCAGCAAGAUAUUCUCCGAAACGCCCCCUUGGAUGAAUCUGGAAGACGCGUUCUAUUACCUGAGGCUGUCGAUCGCGGCCUACGGCUGGCCCUAUGUCCUGUACAGGCAUUGUUUUACGGGGUUCUGCAAGCUGGCCAGGCAUUUGACUUGCUGUUGUUGCAGGCCUCAGAAUACAAUAGUGACGGAUGAUAACUGCUGUUUGUGUCAUUUCGCUGGUUUCAAGUACAUGAGCAAGUUAGAAGCUGACGAUAUUAUCUUCGCUUCCUUCAACAACCAUGUGUUUGAAUUGCCGUUCUGCGUGAUAGCGGACCACGAGCGCGAGAGCAUCGUGGUGGCGGUGCGCGGCUCCAUCUCGCUGAGGGACAUCUUCACCGACCUCACUGCUGGUUCCGAGAAGUUCGAGGCUGAUGGUCUCCCGGAAGACACGGCGGCGCACAAGGGCAUGUCGAUGGGCGCGGCCAAGCUGCUGAAGCGGCUCUCGCCGGUGCUGGACCGCGCUUUCCAGCAGUUCCCGCACUACGACCUCAUCUUAACAGGUCACAGUUUGGGUGCAGGAGUAGCAGUAUUAGUAGCUUUAAAGUUAAGACCAAAGUAUCCUCAUCUGAAAGUAUUUGCCUUUUCAACCCCAGCUGGUCUAAUUAGCCGGGAGGCGGCGCGGUACACCGAGAGUUUUGUACUAACCGUCGGCGUUGGAGACGACCUGGUGAUGAGGCUGUCCGUGCACAGCAUAGAGAACCUCAGGACCAAGGUCAUACAGACCAUCCACGCUACAAAACUGCCUAAGUACCGAAUAAUGCUGAACGGCUUUGGCUACGCACUGUUCGGAGUACCAGCUCGCGAUCUCGAGUCCACCUGGAGACGGCCUGAGGAACUGGAGGCUCCGCCGUCAGACGACUCCUCGGACGCUCUCCUCAUACAGAGUGUCUCCACCGUGAGUGCUGAGGCGGCGCUGCUGUCGCGCAACGUGUUCGCGCGGCGGUUCUCGUCGGCGCGGCUGUUCACGGCGGGCCGCAUCCUGCACAUCGUACGGCGGAAGCGGAUGGGCAUUGAGAAUCCUAAUGGGACAGAAGAGAGAGAAGAGACUGAAAGGAAAGUCCGCACACAAGAGCCGACGUAUGAGAUGCGAUGGGCGUGUCCCGAGGACUUCAUGGAGCUGCAGGUGAUGCCGCGCAUGCUGCUGGACCACCUGCCAGAGAACGUAUACGACACCAUAGAGACUGUGCUCAACGAGCGCCAGUCGUACCGCGUCACCCACAUAUAGAGGGCGCUAGUGGCAUUUAAACUUGGUGUAAGGAAAAGUGAAUUAGUUCCGUUUUUCGCCGCGUACAGUGAACUGUGGUUGUGCAGUCAUCGCUCGGUUUUUACCGAAGUAUUCAAGCGUGUGAAAGGUGUAAGAUAAAAUUUCGAUUUUGGAUUAAUUCGUAUCCAGUGAGUCUCAGAAAAUGCUGUUUCUUUCUACUUAGGUACUAAUUUAGUUAUUUAUAAGUGUUUCUCUUUGGUAUUUUUCGUGAUAUUUACCUGAUAAGAUUAGGAGUCAGAAGCACAAGUGACAAAUACUUGCAGCAUAAUAUAGUUAUUUACUGAUGGAAAGGAAAAAUCUUGUUUGUAAAGUGAAAUAUCUAAGCUCUCCGCACAUAGGCUGGCCACAGCUAUGGCGACUCAUCAUUUUGUUCCUUAUUAUAAACGAGACUUGUCUUAAAUAGUACCUAUACACGAACAACUAUAGAUAUAUUUUAUAAGAAGCUUUUGUACAUAGUGUUUCCAUGAGAUAUAUUUUUUUCUUUCCUGAAAUCAUGUUGGCAACCAGUGUCAAAGUAGUAAAUAAGUUUAUUAAAAUCUAUGUAAUAAGUAGGUUUAAUUUGAGAAGACUGUGAUGAUGUUUUAGUAUGAAAUAAUUGUUAAAAUAUUAAUGAAAUGUUUAUUGAAAAUAGUUAAAAGUAGAUUUGUUAACAGAAAUCUCAUUACCUAUGAACCUAGGUAAUUAAUUUCCUUUUGGGGUUCUUAACUAAAUUUAAAAGUUGAGUUUUUAAAUUGGCAGGGGAGUAGGCCAAGUUAUUUUUAUAACAUGAGUUUUAUUUUAUUUUAAAUACAUAUCAGUAAAAAUGCAUUAUUUGCUACACAUAAUAUGCAAUCAUGAUAUAACAGAGUAAAUUAUGUUUUUUUGUUUGGCUCGUAUCGACAUGUAAUUAAAUUUUACCACCUCAACUCAUAGCGCUAAGUCUAAAUUGGGCAAAAAACACUCAUUUGAGUGUCAUAACAUAAACAUAGUUGUGUUAUUCAAGAUAUUAUUUAAAAAAGUUAUAGUAAGUCGCUCAAAUCGAAAGCAAUCAUUUCGUUAAGUUAUAUCUCCAAGUAGCUGGUUUAAAAUAUCGUUGCCAAGUGAAGUUAUCUGCUAUUUAGGUAUAUCUAAAUGUCCUACGUAGGUAUUUGGGCAAUUUGCAUGACGUGACAAAAGGCACCAAUAUUUUUGCUAGUCUUUCCUUAAAUUUUCUAGGUUGUACUAAGGUUGUACCUACCUGAAGUGACACUGACGGUGCAAGAAUUUCACGUAUGUAUAAAUAAAUAUACUUACCUACCUAUUUAUAAGGAUAGUUUUGUAUUUUGUUCCUUAUUGGUUUGUGAAUAAAUCUAUAGACAUUGCCCGUAACCCGAAAGUGAAAUCAGUUAAUUUUGCAGAUACUUAUAUGUUUAUCUUGUCGUAGCCUAAAAGGUACAAGAUAAUGUAAAAUUUGCCCCCAUGUCUGCAAACCUACCAGUAAGUACAAUAAUUAGAUAUGUAGUGUAGCGAUCGUUACCGGAGUCAAUUAAAUUGUAAGAGUAUGUCAGCGUUUAAUACGUGAGACCCUACCAUCCUUUCGACGUAUACAGUAUACCUAUUUCGUAAUAUCGGCCACUGUUUUCACAGAAUUCAACUUUGGGAACCAAUAACCUUAAUUUAUGUAUAAGGUAUUUCAUUAGAACAUAUUUGAGGUAUCUAUUGUGAAGUUGAUUAUGCAUCUACCUAAUCUAACAGAAUAAAAUAAUUUGGAGGCAUUUAAUGUAAACGUAAUGAAAACAUUCCAAUCUGUAUUUAGAUACAGCUAGGAACCUAUUAUGUGCCUAGUUCUCUUGUAGCCCUCAGUUCCUUCCCUUGUAACAUCGAUUUGAUGACAUAGAGACAGUAACGUAAAGGGACUUAUAUUACUGUCGGUGCCUUGGUGUAGGUAGAAUGUAGAUAAUUAAAAAUGGUUAUUAAAACCUUACUAUUUUAUAAAUAUUACGUACUAUUGAUCUGUUUGUGAAAUCUCUACUUAACUGUUUCAGUAAAAUUGUUUUCUUUUUUACAGCUAAAGCUGACACCAUUGUUAUUGUAAAUUUCAAAGAUUUUAUAUGUUUUUUUUUAUACAGUAAUAUUACUUUCAAAUAUUACGAAGGACUGAGGUUCUUUUCACUUGUACCCUAAAUUAGGGCUUUAUAUUUGCUCUCACUGUACUAGAAUAGCCAAUGUCCUGUGUUGGGUAUAUGUUAAUUUAUAUUAAAGUAUAUUUAAGUAAUAAA